AUGCGUCUCCUAAACCUCCUAACCACAGCCCUCAGCGGCACCCUCGCAGCGGCCGCCUCUCUUCAACAGGUGACCAGCUUCGGGGCCAACCCGUCAGGCGCAAAGAUGUAUAUCUACGUCCCGGACAAGCUGGCAGCCAGCCCGCCCAUCAUCGUCGCCAUCCACUACUGCUCUGGCACCGCCAAUGCUUACUACUCGAACACACCGUACAAGUCAUACGCAGACACAUACGGCCUUAUUGUGAUCUAUCCCGAAUCGCCAUACAGCGGGACCUGCUGGGACGUGAGCUCGCCGGCGUCGCUGACGCACAACGGUGGCGGCAACAGCAAUGCCAUCGCCAACAUGGUGACGUAUACUUUGAGCAAGUAUAACGGCGAUAAGAGCAAGGUGUUCGUGACGGGAACUUCAUCGGGAGCUAUGAUGACGAACGUCAUGGCAGCAACCUACCCCGACCUCUUCGCCGCCGGCAUCGCCUACUCAGGCGUUCCCGCAGGAUGCUUCUACACCGGUACCGUGAACGGAUGGAACUCGACUUGCAGCCAAGGCCAAUCCAUAUCGACGCAAGCCGUCUGGGCGCAGACCGCGCUCAACAUGUACCCGGGCUACAGCGGCGCGCGACCAAGGAUGCAGAUCUACCACGGCAGCGCCGACACCACUUUGUACCCCCAGAACUGGAACGAGACGAUCAAGCAGUGGACCGGCGUGUUCGGCUACAGCCUCACGCCGCAGCAGACGCUCCCCGGCACGCCGAGCGGGCAGUACACCAAGUACGUGUACGGGCCGAACCUGGAGGGCAUCUACGGCAGUGGGGUCGGGCAUAGCGUGCCUGUGAUGGGCGCGGAGGACUUGAAGUGGUUCGGAAUCACGGGCGGAUCGACACAGCCCGGAACGACGACACGGAGCUCGGCUGCGCCUCCGGCGACUUCGACGGCGGCCCCGCCCAGCGGCGGCGGAGGGUGCACGGCGAAUCGGUGGGAUCAGUGCGGCGGUAGCGGGUUCAGCGGGUGCACUGUCUGCGCGAGUCCGUACACUUGCCAGAAGACCAAUGAUUGGUAUUCGCAGUGUCUGUGA